AUGGCCAAAUUGGAAUCGCCGGAAUAUCUUAAUAACGAAUUCAUACAAACGGCUUUGGAGAAUUAUUUGUGCUGCAAUGAAGUGAAAAUAAAUGAAUUUGUAAUUUCAAAUUUGGUAUCGGGUUCGGGUGAAAAUUAUUGCAGUGAUAUUUAUGAAAUUAAAGUUAAAUAUCAGCUAUUAGAUGGCGAUGGAGAACAGCGAGAAAAUGUGGUAGUUAAAAGUAUGCCGAAACACAAGCAAAUAGUUUUGAGAAAUUUGAAAAUUUACAAUAGAGAAUUGUAUUUCUAUAAGAAUAUUCUACCCCAAAUGGAAACAUUAAUGAAGAUAAAGGACAAGGAAUAUGUAUUAGGACCCAGACUUUAUUAUAAUAUCUCGAAACCGGUGGAAACAUUAGUGUUUCAAAAUCUAAAUCCUUUGGGUUUUCAUUUGCAAAGUCGUCAAAAUGGUUUAGAUAAAAUUCACUCGCUCGAGGUUUUACAAAAGCUGGCUCAAUAUCAUGCCUUGUCAUUAAGCUUAAAUGAACGAGAUGAUAAUUUAUUUUCCAAUAUCAUGCAACGUUAUCCUUUUGGCUUAUUAAAUAUGGAUUCUUGUAAAUCGGAUUCUUUUAAGGCUUUAUUUGGUGCUCAAUUACUAAAACUAAUCGAAUUGCUUAAAACUGAUUCACAAAUAGAAUUGGACACUAUUAAGAAAUUGGAGAAUUAUUAUGCUCAUUUUACGGAACGAGUUCUAAAAUCAGUUUAUCCUUUGAAAGGGCAAUUGAAUGUUUUAAAUCAUGGUGACUUGUGGGUGAAUAAUUUAAUGUUUUGCUAUGGCUCGAAGGAUGACAGUAGACCCACGGAAGUGAGAUUUAUUGACUUUCAACUCAGCUUCUAUGGCAGUCUCGGUUUUGAUGUCAACUAUUUCCUAAACACCAGCGUUCAGUUGGAUGUCUUAAAGCACAAUCGCUCCGAAUUAAUCGAUACGUACACAAACACACUACUACAGACUCUGGAAGCACUGCCAUAUCCCAUGGCGUUGCAACCCACUAAAAAACAAAUACAACAAGAGAUACAUGAAAAAGAAGCCUAUGGUUUUUUUGUUGCAUUUGCAUUUUUCCCAUUGAUGUCAAUGUUUGCCACAGAUUCCCAUGACAAUUCGUUGGAAAAAUUAAAAGAUGCAAAAUUUGCCGAACAAAAAAUUCAAUUAAUGUUCACCAGCAAUAAACGAACAAUUGAAACGUUGAAAUUUAAUAUAAAACGUUUAGAACAAUUAGGUAUAUUGUAAAUUUUGUAAUUGUGAUACAAUUUGAAAUU